AUGUCAAAUGGUUCCGGUUCAUCAUCAUCAACAAAUCCAUUUCUUUUACCUAAAAAUGAUUUAACUAUGGUUGAUAGUCAAUUAGUUGAUAUACUUUUACAUGGUCAUCAAAAUAAUGAAAAUAAAAUUCAAAUUGUUAAUCGAUGGUGUAAAAAUUCACGACAUAAUCGUUUAUUAAAUAUCCUUGAUGUUUCACAAAGAUAUGAUAUUUUAUUAUCACUUGUAAAUACACUUCAACAAACAACAAAUACUGAAUAUCAAUAUAAUUGUUUAAAAUUUUUAACUGAACUUCAAACAAAUAUUCAUCACUAUGAUCAACGAAUUUAUCUUCCAGCAAUUAUUCAAUGUUUUUCAUCGACAUCAAAUGAUGUUCAAAUAUUAACAACACAAUUUUUAAUUAAACAAAUUAAUACAACAAAUGAUAUUUCAACAUUUUUACAUAUAUAUCUACAUGAUGGUUUAAAAUCUCCAAAUAUUCGAAUAUGUAUUAAAUCUAUUGAAAUUUUAAAUGAUUUAUUAAAUAAAAAUCAUUAUCGUGAAAAUAUAUCACCAAUAUUUGAAAUAUUAAUUCAAUAUUUACAAGAUAAUAGAUUUCGUUCAAAUUAUAAUAAUAUUCUUUUACGAGCAAUUCAACAUAUUAAACAUAUAUUAAGUUUAGAUUUAUUAAAUACUUAUCUUGAAUCAUAUUCACCAUCAUUAAGACGAACUUAUAAUACAUAUGUAUCUGAAGAAAUUAAUAAUGAUGAAGAAACACCAAGAGCAUCCGUACAAGUAUCUCAUAUUAAAGAUUCAAAAGGAACAAAUGGUUUUCGUCCAAAGGGUAAUAAUCAUUCUGAUAAUAUGCUAUUGACGCAAAUAUCCGCAUUAUCUAUUCAAAAAGAAAAUUCUGAUGUAUAUUCUCUAAUUGAAAUAAUACGUUCAAAAUGGAUGUCAUUAAAUGAAACAAAUCGUGUUGAUUAUUUAGAACGUUUUAAAAUUUCAUGUGAUAAAUAUUUUCAAAUAAUUUCAGCACAAUAUCCUACAACAACAAUAACAAUUAAUUCACAAUUUUCUCAAGCAUUACAUACAUUUUUAACAUCUAUACUUGAUCUUUUAAUUUAUAUAACAUCAAAAAAUAUUGAUUUAUCAAUUAAAAUAAAACUUGUUUUAUCAACAUGUCUUGCAUGGCUUAUUAAACAUGCACAAGAAAAUUUUUGUAAAAAAACUUAUAAAACAAUAUGUUUAGUUUUUAAAAAUAUUCUUUUUAAUGGACAAUCAAAUAAUCGACAAUUAGCAAAAUUCAGUGUUAGUAUGAUACUUUUACUUGAAAAUCUUGUUCAUCCACAAUUAAUUCUUAAUGAAUUAAUUGAUGAACAAUAUCAAUAUUAUAAUUAUCGUAUACAACUUGAAUUACUUGCUAUUGUAACAGCAACAUUUAUAAAACAUCGUCAAUAUAAUUAUGAUAAUAUAUUAAAUUUAAAUAAAUAUUUACUUCCUAUGUUAAUAUCAAAUCGUCGAGAAUUACGACAUGGAGCUAUGGAAUGUUUUACAGUUAUAUGUACGUAUUUUAAUUCUUAUAAACCAUUAACAACAAUAAUAAUUGAAAAAAAUCAAUCAAUUAAAUUAAUUUUAUCAUCUAUUGAAAAUUUAUCAUAUGAUGCAUUAAAUGCAUUUCGUUUUCGUUUACAACGUAAUUUACUUCCAUCAUUAACUGAUGAAGGAAAUAUUACACCCGGUUUAGUAUGUGAUGCAACAACACUAAAUGAUCCAGAUACAAAAUUUAUUGUAUUUGCUAAUAAUAAUAAUAAUAAUAAUAAUAAUAAUGCAAUUCAAACACAACAAUCUACAACUAACCAUGAAACAACAUUAGUACAAUCUUCAUCAUCAAAAGUUUCAACUAAUAAUAAUAAAUUACUUCAAUUAGCAAUGCCUCUUGUUGAAAAAAAGACAAAUACAAAUGAUACAGUCAUGCGAAGUCGUGAAAUACCUCCAUUAAAACCACCCAAUGUUGAUCUUGAUCCACAUCGAUAUACCAAUAAUAAUCAUUCGUCUGAAACAGCUAUUAAUCGUCAACAACGUCACCGACUAAGUCGACGAUUGAAUUUGUCGACAAAACGUCAAACAGCAAUUGCAACAGUUAUUACAACUUUAACAUCAGGUGGACCACCGUUUGAUUUUACUGUAACUGGUAAUAAUAAUUAUCGUCCAUUGACAUUAACAGAAAGAGUAUUUGGAGAUGAUUGGGCAAAAAAAUUGUCAACAACAAAAACAGAUCAACAACAAGAAAAUCAACAUAAUAAUAAUUUAUUACAAUCUCGUCCUGCAAUACCACAUCGUCGAUUUCCUGCAUCGCAUAAUAUUUUAGUUACAUCACAAAUUCAUAAUCAUAAUGAACAAAAAUUACCUGCACGUCAUUUUGAUUCGAAUACAGAUCAUGAUGAAGGUACUGAUAGUGCAAUAUAUUCACGUUCUUUAUCAAAUAAUACAACAGACGAAAGUAUAUAUGAGAACAAUGGUCAACAAUCAAAAAAACCUAUUCGAUCAGUACAUAGUAGUUCAACAAGACGUAAAGUUAAUCGUUUAUUUAGUAAUGGUAGUGAUUUACAAUUAACAUCAGUACGAACAUUAACACCAGAAAAUAGCAAUGAAAGUGGAAUUUAUUCACAAUCAGGACAUGAUAUUGAAUAUAAUUCUAAUAGUUCUAUAAAAUCAAUUGGUAAAGAUCAAUUAUUUUCUACUAAACCACGUCUUGCUCGUUCGGGUUCAAAACCUAAAUUUGAUAAAACACAAAUAUUACCUUCUGAUCCAUUAUUAGGACAACAUUCAUCUAAUGAAAAAAUUCGUCGAUUAAAUAAUUCUAAUGUUGAAAUAGUUGGUCGAGCUUAUACAGAUGAAAAAAAUUCAACUAGAAAAUUAUUUCAUGAAAUUAUUGAUGAUAAACAACAACCAAUUGUGAAUAAACCUCGAGCAAAAAUUAUUAAAGGUUCUGUAGUUUCCAAUCCUUCAAAUACAACAACACAAGCAAUUGUUAAUAAUGACGAUGGAUCUAAUCAUGAUGAUGGUCAAGAUAUUGGAGUAAUUGGAAAAGCUGUUCCUAUGCCAUUACGUACAAAUGCUGAAACGGAUAUAAUUCGAGUGCAAAAUAAUAAUAAUAAUAAUAAUAAAUUCAAUAAACAAAGUGAUAAUCUCGAUACAAUGUCUGAUGAAUUUGAUAGUGAUUCAAAAGAAAAUGAAAAUACUGUUAAUAUGGGUCAAUCUCUAUCAGCAUCAUUUCGUUUACGUGUUCAACAAAAAACUCAAGAAAAAAUUGAACAAAAAGAACGUCGUCGACAAGAUCGAGAAAAUCGUUCUCGUCAACAAGAAAUAAAUACUAAUAAUAAUAAUAAUGAUAUUCCAUAUGAUAAUGAUAUUCCUAUAUCAUCAACAUCAACAAGUCGAUAUUCAUCACAACCUGAUCUUACAACAAUUCAUAAUGAUAUAACAUCAACAUCACGACGACAAAUUGAUUCAAAUAUAAAUUCCAUAUUACCUAAUUUUCCAUCACAACAUCGUUUUCGUGUUUCGAAAAAUUUUAUGGCACGUUCACAAACAUUUAAUAAUCGACGUGAUAUAUCAACAAAUGAACAACAUAUAGGAUUUAAUCGUCCAUUAUCUGAAGAUCGUAUAGUAGAUCAAAUACGAAAUCCUGAUCAUGUCUAUCGAGAAGCAAUAGAAUCAAUAUCAAAUGAUGAUUGGGAACAAAAAUGUUCUGGUCUUAAUUUACUUCAACUUCUUAUUGCACAAUAUCCUGAUACAAUAACACAAAAUUUACAUCAAGUUGUUUUAAUUCUUAUUCAAGAAGUAAAAAAUCUUCGAUCACAAGUUGCUCGUUUUGCUUUAUCAACAUUUUGUGAUAUGUUUAAAUAUUUAAAACGUAAUAUGGAUAUUGAACUUGAUAUAACUGUUAAAGCUAUUAUACAAAAAAGUGCCGAAAGUAAUGAAUUUUUCAGAUCUGAUGCUGAAAAAUGUCUUCAAAUGAUGGUAGAAAAUGUUACACUUCAAAAAGCAUUACAAGCAUUAAUAGCCGGUGGAGCAAGUCAUCGUAAUCCAGCUGCAAGAAAAACAUCGGCAAAAUGUAUUUAUCUUGUUUGUGAAAAAUUAGGUCCAACAAAAAUUUUAAGUGGUACUCGAGAUAUAACUGAACGUGUAUUACAAGUUGCUGCUACAUUUGCAUCUGAUGGACCACCAGAAAUUAGAUGGUAUGGUAAAAAAAUCUAUCAUAUGUUAAUGCCAUAUGAUGAACUUGAUUCAAUGAUGAAACAUUAUCUUAAUCCAACUGCUUAUACAAAUAUGUGUGAAAUUCUUGAUAGUAUUCGAGCUAAAGGUGGUGUAGGUGAAACUCCAAGUGAAUCAGCAAGAAAUAAUGGUCGACGAGCUUUAUCAAAUGAUAAAUUAGGUUCAAAUGGAAGCUUAACAAAUCAAUUUUCAUCAACACGUAAAAUACAUACAGCUGAUCAAGCUGAACAAGUUCGAGAAUUAACAAAACAAAUGCGUAGUUCAGAUUUUCGUGAACGUUUAAAUGGUAUUGAAGAAUUUCAAAAAUUAUGUGAACUUGAAACUGAUACAGCUAUACAAUCACUUGUACAAAUAUUUGAUGGUUUUAAUGAUUGUUUAGCUGAUAUGAAUUCAAAAGUUGUACUUAAAGCAUUAAAUACAAUGCAUCAAGUUAUACCUAUAUUAGGUGAUGCUUUAUCAAGUGUUGUUAAUUCAGCAUUACCUCUUAUUGCACACAAUAUUGCAUCAAAAAAUCGAGAAAUAUCACAACUUGCAUCGGACAUUAUUGAUACAGCUAUUGAAUAUAUAGAUUGUGGUGUAUUAAUACAACCAUUAUGUACACUUAGUCAAAAUAGCAAUCUUCGUAUUCGACCUGAAAUUGUUCUCAAAUUAGCUAAUCUUGCACCUCGAGUAUGUCAACGUAAACCAAAACAAGUUGAAAUUCAUCUAUUACCAACCUAUUGGAAAUUAUUAUCAUUAUUACGUGGUCAAAAUUCUACUGCCAUAUCAUCAUCAGCUAGUGGUUCUAAUAGUUUAAACUCAUCAAUACAUGUAUUAACAAUGGCAUUAUAUACAGAACUUGGUUCUAUAUUAAUUGAAAAAGCAAGUUCGAGUUCAUUAGUAACACCACAAAAUUUACAAGUACUUCGUGAACUUUGCACAAAUAUAAAUACUGAAUGA